AUGAUCCACAUCAAAUCCAGCGAAGAAAUCAAUGCAUUAAAUCAACAUGGAAUCAUUUCGGCUCAGCCUUCCGAAAUUACUCAUACAAAAGCCAAUACUGUUGCCAGAAUACCCACUAGUAGGAAAAAGACGGCCCAAAUAGCACCAAAUGACUUUGAGCAAUGGAUAAAAUCGCAUGGUGGAGAUAAGGGUUUUGUUGAUUUGAUCAAUACCAAGGUAGCGCCCCGAAAGAGAAGAUCGCUCCUGUCAAAUGUGCCCUUUGCCUACUCGUCUGAUGAGAGCAGCAAUAGCGAGGGCGAGGAAGAAGACGACUUUGAUACACUUGCUACGGUGGCUACGAUCCCAAAGAAGGUUGUCAAAGGAAGCAAGCAUUCAGCAACGCCCAAAAAGACCCUUACAACCGUAACUACAUUGACGACUUCCCAAACGAUUACAGCGCCCAUAAAGAAAUCAAACUGGCUUACUGGACUAUUUCAUAAGCAACCAAAAUCAUCAUCAUCAUCAUCAUCAUCCACAUCAUUAGCAUCCGCAACAACUUCGCCACCAAAACCACCUAUUUACAAGACACAUGAGCCUGUGCCAGUGCCAUUGACAAACAAAACUGUCAACAUUUCACAGUUUUUCUCAAACAAAAAGAAGCCUACCAACAAGCCAAAAGAGCAAGCCAAAAAGAUACCAAAUUUGCCCAAACGAUAUCCCAUUCCUAUUGAAAGAGUCAUUUAUGAAAUCUCCUGGAUGAAGCUGAAUAACCCUAGCAGGCCACUGCAGCACCAUGUCUCCAUUUCCAAUAUGCUGGUUUGGUACACGAAUAUGGUAGACAAUCGACAAACUUUAUUAUACUUGCGAAUCCCUGCAAGAUCGACAUCAGCGCACGUUUCUGCAGCUGCUGUCAGUCGACUAUAUUAG